GCGACAGAGUGUUGAGGAGGAGGAGCUCGGAGUUCGAGGCCAGCACGGACCUCCAAGCCUCAGGCACUCCAGCUGUUCUUCCACUCCACGCGACUUCAUGUCAUGAAAUGGCUCAUCCUGCAAUCCACCUGCUACAAUAGAAGGCCGAUGGUGAAGAACUCGGGGUUGAUGAACAGGAUGCGUUCCAUGAAAUGAUGUUAUUUGCAGCCACCACGCGAGCUGGUCCACCUCUGGCAUGGCAUUCAACCGCGAAUACUCGGCAUUCCUUUCCGACGGCCACAUCUACACAUGCCGCUUGGAUGAACCAGAUGGCGAGCCUCAAUAUCUGACCACCCCAGCGAAAUGCACUUCAACUCCGGCACUGUCUCAACCGCAACCCCAGCUUCUCGCCGUCCCAUGCGGCCUCCAAGUCUGUGUCUUCAAUGUCGCCACGCGCCGCCUCGUGCAUACCAUCGCCGGGAUAGGACGAGUCAUCACCUUCGUCACCUUUGCCCCGAACCAUGCUGGCGCCCUCGCCACUGGCCACAUCGAUGGCACCGUCUGCAUCUGGCAGGUUGAUGAUCCAUCUCACCCCCAGCGCCGCAUGACCUCCGAUGCUGGAAGGUGUCGUGGCCUGGCAUUCAACCCGUCAGACGAAUCCAUACUUGCCUGCCUGAGUUCGGAAUUAUGUCAAGUAUUCGACCUCCGACGCGACGCUCCGCAACCGCUAUGCGUCAUUCCCAAUCAUGGCUCAUCACCUCUCGCGCUCAUUUGGCAUCGUCAACACUCCAAGAUGCUCCUGGUAUCGUAUGGCAACAAAGUCCUGGAUUUCUAUGAUCUUUCAAGUGCCAUAUCUGGUUCAAAGGGUCAGCAAGAUAGCGAUAGCAGCGACGAUGAGGAUGGCGAUGGCGUCUUUGGGCUGCUCGAUGGUCUGCCGGAGAUGCUGCGAGCGGCCAAAAGUCUCACCAUCGACGCUCCAUUGACAUGCAUGUCUUGGUGCGGCGCUUCGACUCUAUUGGGCCUUACCACUGGUGGUGUAACCGCCUUGCUGUGCCAACUUGACAAAGAUGACACUCUUGUGUCUACCGAGGCUUUGCAAUUCGAGCGAGCCAUCACAAAUGUCUCCACUCGGACCAGUCCAGACGAUAUUACUACUCUCUGUGGCAUAGGAGAGGAUGGGCUCUUGUGCAAGACCAUCGAUGCUUUCGGUGAGGUGGAGCCUUCAGACCAUGCUUCUUCACCAUCCGUGCUCCCCAAAGGCACUACUCGGUAUACGCCAAAGCAAAUCGCACCUCCAGCGUCGACCAGCCCGACAAUCAGCCCGGCCCCUAUAUCGCUACUCCAAAAUGAACACGCUACAUUUGCCAGAACUUCUAGGCAGCUUCAAAGACGGCGGCAGUCGCGGAAACGGAGUCUCAGCACGGAAAUUUCUCCAACGCCUCGGAAUGAGCUCCCGGCUGACACAAAGCCGCCCGCCCCGUCAAUACCUUCGAUGACGUCCAGCCUGGAGCUGCCGAAACCUCGAGCGACAGAUGAUCUCGCUUCGCCCAUGCCUUUCAUAUCUCCAAGCAUACCAUCCCGCAAGGUCUCGCCGAAUGAAAUUCCCCCUUUGGCAGAAGGAGCUAUCCCGAUGGCUCAUAUGCCUAGUCUGUCCUCACUGCCUCCGACGUCUGCUGCCCCAGAUCUGGAAGACGACAGUGAAGAUUCAGAUGACGAGGCCUUUGUGAGCAACAUCAGAGACAGCAUGCUGUUCUUGCCCGGUGGGAUCAAUGUGCCUCUUCCGAAGGCCUGCGGUGCGCUGUUCGCCCCCAAUGGCCAGCUGCUCGUCUUCUUCCCACCCAAGCGCAAAGUUGCAUCGAGUCGAAACGAACCCGCCGCUCCCAGCCCGCUGCAAAAGGAGAAUGUCACCCAGAGGAUGGUGAAGCUGUUUCCCACCUUUGGAGCCCUCGACGGUGAUUCGGAUUCCUUCAGUGACAGCUCACUCGAUGGCUCUGGCAACUCGAGCGAUGAGGAAAAGACUGGCGUCCAUACGGUCGGAUCCUUUGCCAGGUCUACCCUCUCUGUACCAGGGCUUGCAUCCUCUUCACCACAAGGUCACGUUACCCCAUUGCUUCACGACAACGAAAUCACCCAGGCUAGUAUCAUCGUCAGCAUCCACGAAAUCGAUGAUUAUCAGAUGUUGAGUCCAGCUCGACGCACGCUUGCCAAGGAAUAUCGAGUGUUGUGUGAGAAAGGUGAAUCGGGGGCGCAACUAUGUCUGCACAAUGCUGGCAUAGCCCGCAGAGCCAUGGAGGAAGAAACUGCAGAAGCAUGGUGGCUGCUCUCGAUGCUGCUGGAAGAUAAAGUACCACUCGAGCUGCCUUUCGGUUUGGCAGAAGAAAGCAUCAUGGUCAUCACGCAAAAGCUGAAGUCUCCGACAGGCUAUGGUGCUGGCGCAAACAUCACAGACCUGCCGGGGAACUCCAAUCUAUUCGGCAAAUUGCGCUGGGCUGAGCACCCAUUCGGAGGUGCCUGGCUGAUAAAUCAGAUCUUUCAAUGGGCUGAAAAUCGCGCCGAUGUUCAAUUCAUGGCUUAUGCGACCGCCGUCUUAUCAGCAGCUUCGGAAACUGUCCCCUUGAGCAACGUCAAGGCAGAGCAAGCCAUGGUCCGCCAGCUACCGAUGCAUACCCUCGAUUACUUCUCCGACGUCCACUACAAGAGAACUCCCCCAUCUCUGAAGAGGCGCGUCCCGACGGUGCGGACUCAUUCGGCAACCAUUACUUCCUACCAUGAAAAGUCUCCCAGCAACGCGAAACCCUCGUCUCAACCCUCGCAGCCAGCCACACCUUACUUGGAUCCAGAUAACGUGCCGUCCUGGUUCUUCUCGCCCAUCUUGCGCCAGAGAACGCAAUCGUUCGUGGUCGGGCCGCUAAGUCCAGAAUUGGAGCGGAGCAACAGCUUCAGUGCGAUCCCAAAAGGUCACGGACAUUCGCAGUCCAUCUCGGACAAAUCGCAUUCUUUCAGCACUUCGCCUACCGCUAAGAGGAUGGAGAGGAACGCCAGUGGCAACGCCGAAUUGUCCAGUAGUCUGCCGGGCGGAAGCUGGCUCGCCAAGUCCGUCUCCUUUGCAUCGUCUGCUUUUACGAACGCAAGCAACGGCAGUUUCGCCAGCUCUGGCUCCCCUGGGCACUUGAUGGAAGAAAACGCCGACGGAAACGACAGCGACAGGACGCUCGAUGAUACCGGCACGCCACACACGCCCCGCACGCCGGACGCCGUCGUUUCAAUCACCUUCAACAACGACUCCACGCUGUUCGUCGAUGAAAUCUCCGGCUCUGCAAAAGCCGGCCUCGUCCCUGACGGUCUAGCCGACAAGGCGGACAUCUGGUGCUCCUACUACGCAGACAUGCUCCGCUCGUGGGACAUGCAUAUGCAAGCCGCCGAGCUCGAGAAAGCCAUCGGCCUCGCAGGAAGUAGCGCUACGGGACCAUGGCCUGCGACACCCGUUCCAAUCGAGCUGGGCUUGCAACCCGCCUUCCGAACCAACCGUCGGCAAACACGAUGUGCAAUUUGCGAAAGCGUGGCGAAGGGAACCGUGCAGCUUUGUCCUUCGUGUUUGCACGUUUCGCACCUGUCGUGUUUGGAGGCUUACGUUGCGGCUGUGGAUGGGGAGGAUGAUGGGGCUUUCCAGUGUCCGGCUGGCUGCGGCUGCGAAUGUGCGGCUAUUCCGUUUGUUGUGCAGGAGUUGGUGUCUGUGGAUCCGCCUUCGCCGCCGAGACUGCUGCUGAAGAAGAAGCCGAGUUUUACUGAUCCUAUGCGCUGGCGGACCAGAGUGGCGGGGGAUAGUUGGUAGGUGGGGAGAUGUAAUUGCACUGAUUCCGCUGGGAGAAAGAUGGGUUGGUGGUAUACAAUAUUUCUUUGGCAAGAUCGGGGUAGACAGCAGCCCCGAAUCUUCUGACGCUCCAUGCUCGGUCGAUCAAACACUUAACACAAAUCUCACCCAGCGCAAUGCCUACCUCAUAUCGCAAGACGACGAUGGAGUGAAACAACCCAGCGGCUUCGUCGAAGAUAUAGUUCAAGCUAGUCUCCAUUCAUCAAGCUUUCCC